AUGAAUUGGUCUUCACUGCCAGAAGUUGUGCAUUUGCAAAGGUUUUUAAUCAAAUUUCGAUUAAAAAUAGAACAACUCAACAAAAAAUACGGUAAGUUUAUAGUCUUCCUGCUAUUUUAGACUACUACUCUCGUUUCUGAUAUUAUAUACUCCUAUAGUACCCUAGAAAGCAACAAAAAUAUUAAAACUUCAUAAAGUUUCAGUGCUAAUAUUCCUGGUCAUUACCUUCUUUCUCUACACUUCACUCAACCUCUACCACAGCUACAACGAGUAUUUUGCAAAAGGCGAGACUGUACUCAAGUUUGAAUCGGACCUUGUGUUAGACCCAUUUCAAGCUCGGUUUGAGAACAAACGUCAGAAUUACAAAAUGAUGCGAGCCAAUUCGAAAGACUGUCAAGGAAAGGACUUGGCCAUCAUGAUAAUGUCGACAGCGACAGAAAACAAUGCCAGAUUGAGGGAAGCUAUGAGGAAGGUCAUGUUCAAGAAUGUAAGUUCAGAUUGGUAGGGUUUGAUAGCAAUAUCUUUGAGAUACGGUUACAGUAAAGUAAUGUAUUUAAGAUAAAGCAAUAUCUAUAUAUAACAAUACCUAUAAAAAAUAAACCUUACAGCAACCCCGAGUAGUCCACAAGUUCUUCAUUGGCUACGAAGAGGAGUUUCCGGCUUCAAUGCUGAUCGACGAGAUGAAUGAAUACAAAGACAUCGUCUACUACGAUGGUAAAGGCGACUAUCGUAAUAACUACUUAAAAUGGUAUGCCAUGUAUCAAUGGCACGCCAAAUACUGUUCGAACGUCAAGACAUUUGUAAAAAUAGAUGAUGACACUACUGUUCAUAUCCCUAGACUACUAGAGUGGAUCGACCGUGAUUUCAACUUUGUGACAAGACAGAUCGACGACUAUUUGAUUUGUGCUUUAUACCUUGGCAUGGCACCUUUAAGGGUAAAAGAAAAUCGAUGGUAAGUUAAGACACAACACUGUAAAAUAUAGUAUUUUAACUUCAGAGAGCCUUAAACUGUACCAAUAACAUAAAUUUUAGGUACAUAACUCCAGACGAAUACCCCUAUAGGAUAUGGCCUAACUAUUGUGUUGGUUAUUUCGUCCUAGCCUCCAAUUCAACAGUACAAAAACUACUAAAAGCGGCCGAAAAAGUUCACUUUUUCCCUAUGGACGACGUUCUUUUGACUGGAGCCGUGUCUGCUGUCGCUAAAAUCCCGAUUCUAGACUUUCCUGGAAUCAGAUCAGAACCAAACGACCGAUUAUGUACUAAUGAUGGAUUACACUACUCUCUAAUGCGACACAACAGUAAAUUUGCUCAUCUGAUUGAAGAGGACUACAAGUUUCUGGACGAAUUAAAAUGCCCUACAAAACCGUUCGAAGAAGGACAUGAUUAG